AUGAGAACUGGUUGUGAGGCUAUGCUUCGGAUAGCUUUGAAUACAAAAUGUAACACAUGGUAUGUUAAUGAGUUUAAGGAUCAUCACAACCAUGACAUGGUACCACCUAGAAAACAAGUUUUUAUGAAGUCGAACAAGGUUUUUCCUCCUGCGACUACAAAUUUGGCAGAAGCAUCUAGCAAGCAUACAGUCCAAGCUGGAGUGGUAGCAUCACUUUUUGAGGAUAACAGCGAAAGGACAACCACUUUGGAUGCCGGAUCUGUUCACAGCGAAAUGGCAGCAACUUUUGAUGUCGGAUCUGUUCACAACGACACGACAACAAAUUUUGAUGUCGAAUCUGUUCCCAUUUUGGAUAUGGAAUUUCAUUUUAUCGAAGAGGCGGGAGCAUUCUACAAAGAAUAUGGUAGGAGUAUGGGUUUCUCAACACGCAAGAGGUCAUCAUAUGCCACUGGACGAGGACCACAAAUAACUAGAGUGAUUUUUGUAUGUCGUUGUGAGGGAAUUCACAAGAAACAAGUUGAUUCAAGUGAUGACGAUGGUAAGAAGAAGAGAAACACUACUUCAAUGAGGACUGGUUGUGAGGCUAUGAUUCGUAUAGCCUUGAAUACAAAACAUGGUACGUGGUACGUUAAUGCGUUUAAGGAUGAUCACAACCAUGACAUGGUCCCACCUGAAGAAGGAGUUCUAAUGAAGUCGAACAAGGAUUUUCCUCCUGCGCCUAGAAAUUUGGCAAAAGCACCUAGCAAGCGCAGACUCCAACUAAGAAAGGUAGGACCACCUUUUGGGGAUAACGAGAAUACUGAAUCCACUCCGAGAGAUGUUUAUAAUCAUCUUAGGACGAUUAGAGAAUCUUUAAUAGAAGUAGGAGAUGCAGAAGCUGUGAUGAUUUAUUUUAGAAAAAAGACAAUAGAGAAUCCGGGUUUUUAUUAUGCGGUACAAGUAGAUGAAGAAGGGAGGGCAGCAAGUUUUUUUUGGGUUGAUGCACGGUCCCGAAUAGCAUAUAGUCGUUUUGGAGAUGCAGUAACGUUUGAUACGACAUGCAGAGCUAACAAAUAUAGUAUGCCUUUUGCUCCAUUCACAGGUACAAACCAUUAUCAUCAGUCUGUUACAUUUGGAUUUGCGUUGUUGAGGGAUGAGACUGAAGAAACUUUUACUUGGCUGUUUAAGACAUGGCUUGAAGCUACGGGAGGAAAUCCUCCAAUUUCUAUACUUACUGAUCAGGAUCAAGACAUGACGAGUGCGAUUGCGACAGUGUUCCUAAGCAGUCGUCAUUGUUUUUGUUCAGGGCAUAUCAAGAAGAAAUUUGGAGAGAAGCUAAGUCAUGUAUUCUACAAGAAAUCCAAGUUCAAAAAAACUGUUAAAGCGGUCACUCGAUUUACCUACACAACUCAGGAAUUUGAAAACCAAUGGGAAGCCAUGUUGAGAGAAUUUGGAUUGGUGGAGGACGUAUGGCUUCAUGACUUGUUUGAAAUUCGUGAGAAGUGGAUACCAGCUUACAAUCGAGGUACUUUCUUUGCCGGCAUGAAUUCAACACAAAGAAGUGAUAGUAUUAUUUCUUUCUUUGAUCAUUCUGUGAACUCCAGAACGUGUUUGCUAGAAUUCGUAGAAAGUUGUGGUCAAGCACUGGAAAGAAUGUACAUUAGAGAACGGUAUGAAGACUACAAGUCUAUCCAUGUGAAACGUAUAUUUGCUUCCCAAGAUUUGUUAGUGAAGCAUGCAUCUCCAAUCUAUACGAAGAAUAUGUUUAUGAAAGUGCAUGAACAGUUUAAUGCUUCUUCACGAUAUCGGUCGGAAGCAAUCGAGGCUGAUGGUGAUGAAGAAACUUAUAGAGUGUACUCGUUAAAUGAUGAAGUACCGAUGGAACAGUUCCGAGUGAAGAUUAAUAAGGUGACGCAGAAAGGUGUAUGUGGUUGCCAAGAAUAUGAAUUUAUUGGCAUAUCAUGCAGACAUUUGCAUCAUAUUUUAGUUUAUCGUUACUAUGUGGUGGAGAUUCCAUCUCAUUUUAUAAAGCAAAGGUGGACCAAGUAUGCAAAUAGACCUUCGGUUUUGGGCAACGAUGAAUUGUUAAUGAAAGAUCAUAAGCUUGGAACUGAAGCCAUGAGGAUUAGUCAUUAUUGUCGACGGUCAACUGAAUUAGCUUAUAUAUUGGGUAAGUCUAAGAAAGCGUAUGAUGUGACAAUGGGUUUCCUUGAUCAAGCAUUUGAGAAAGUGAAGGAGAUAGACAUUGAUGAGCUUGGAGCAGAAUAUGGCAAAGAUGGCCAGUUGGAAGAAUAUGCUAAUGAUGAGCCAUCAGAGACAGAAAAUUCAUGUGAUGCAGCUGAGAUAACACGCAGACGAGUCAUGUGCUAG